UUUGACCACAAAUACACACACAAUAUAACAUUAUCAACAAUAACAUGAAGAUGAUUCUAACUAUCUUCUUCAUUUUUUCUCUUCUUUCCCUUGCUCAUGCAUCCGUAGUAGAUUUCUGCGUAGCAGAUUACAAUGCACCAAAUGGCCCGGCUGGAUAUUCUUGCAAACCACCAUCAAAAGUAACCGUGAAUGACUUCGUCUACCACGGCCUAGCCGCAGCUGGAAACACCACAAACAUUAUCAAAGCCGCUGUUACCACUGCAAUAGACGCACAAUUUCCCGGUGUAAACGGUCUUGGAAUCUCCAUUGCGCGUUUAGAUAUAGCCGUUGGUGGUGUUAUUCCACUUCACACACACCCCGGUGCUUCGGAAGUGUUGGUUGUUAUUAAAGGAACAAUCAGUGCUGGUUUUGUUUCCUCUGACAAUGUUGUUUACCUUAAAACACUUCACAAAGGUGAUGUUAUGAUUUUUCCACAAGGAUUGUUGCAUUUCCAAAUUAAUGUUGGUGGUUCUAAUGCACUUACUUUUAAUAGCUUUAGUAGUGCUAAUCCUCGUUUACAGAUAUUGGAUUACGCUUUGUUUGAAAGCGAUUUUCCAACGAAGUUGAUUACUGCAACUACUUUUAUUGAUCCUGCUGUAGUGAAGAAGCUUAAGAGUGUUCUUGGAGGUAGUGGUUAAACUAUGAUGUUAUUCAUAUGAAAGAAUGAGGAAUCUUCAGGAUUACUGGGUUUUCUUUUAAUUAUUUAUCUUUCAUUUCGUUGUGUCUGUUUCUGGUUGUGUCAAGUGUUUUGAAGGAGUGUGUUAAGAAAUUUGUGACAUGAGAUGAAUAAACGUACAUGUUGUAUUUUCCUAAUA